UUAUAUCAGAUAACAGUCACACAGUUUAUCAGCAGUUCCUCCUCAGAGAUGAUUUGCGAAACAGUUGUUGAAAUGCUUUAGCUUGAAACAUCCUGCCCAGUGUCAAGUCUGAGGCCGACCGUUGCAUCGUUCUACAUUUAGUGAAACCUGGAAGAAGAAAAAGGCUUUAAAGAGUCUCCACUAUCAGCUGAACAGCAAAGAUGAAUCAGUAUCCAGAAGAUGAAUUUGUUCCCGCAAAUCCUGUGUUGAUUUCAACACUUGUUGUGGUGAAUAUUAUUUGGUGGAUGGUUAUGAUUGCAGGCAUUGGACUGGGAGCCAAACAUCUGCAGCAUUGUCCAGUACAACCCGGGAUUCCCGUCUUCCUGAUCGCGCUGGGAUCGGCCACCCUCCUCUCUCUUUGUCUGACCUACAUCAGGGGCGGCAGGAGGGAAGGCACACUCGCCCUCCUGAGUUUGAUUUUCAUGGCUGCCAUGUACAUCUUCAGUUUCUUCUGGUUCAUUGCAGGCACCACCUGGGUUUACUCGAUCUACCCUCCCAGCUACACACCAGGAGAUGCCCAGUACUGCCACAAGACAACCUUCCAGUAUGCGUUUGCUGUCACCACCCUCUCGUGGGUCUUUCUGCUGCUCAUAUUGGUCAUCGCCUGUUGCUUCGCUGCACUGACCUGCUGCAGGACUGUGAGGGCCAGACGCCAUUUGUUACCAAACCGCAACAUGUUCUAUGGCACAACAACCAAACUUGAGGAAACCACAGCUGGUGACGUGUGAAUUAAAUCCAGCUCACGUGGCAGCUCUGUUUUGUCUGCACAGGCUUAGUGUGGUCAGAUGGAAGAGCUGCAGAAACCUCACUGUUACACAACGGCCUUGUCACAUCGCAUCUCCCGUCAGACAGGAAACAUUUCAACCAGCAGAGGAUGAAAUGUUAUAUAAUCCAGUGGCAGCUAAUAUCGAUCCAGUAGUGUGAUGAAACCUAAAUGGACUGAGUUUCUACAUUGUUAACCACUGUGUAAGAGAGAUUGUUCUUUCACUGAAUGAUGAUGUUUUUUUUGCUUGAAAAUUAAAGUUUGUAUGCUCUUUGCAUCA